AUCGGGCCGGGCCGGAGCAGCCGGGCCGCGGAGCUGCUGGGCCGGGCGGCGCUGGGUUGCUUGCUGGUGCUGGUGCUGCUGCCGCCGCCGCCUCGGCCGCCUGCCGCUCGCGCCCAAGAACAGCCCUCCUGCCACGGCGCCUUCGACCUCUAUUUCGUCCUCGACAAAUCUGGGAGUGUAGGGAGCAACUGGACUCAAAUCUUUGACUUUGUCAAGAAGCUGACGGACAGAUUUGUGAGCCCCCGGAUGCGAUUAUCUUUCAUCGUGUUUUCCACCCAAGCGCAAGUCAUUAUGCCAUUAACAGGAGACAGAAGUAAAAUUCAAGAAGGUCUCAAAGCACUAAGAGCAGUUAAGCCAGGGGGUGACACGUACAUGCAUGAAGGAUUAAAAGAGGCCAACAAGCAAAUUCAAAAGGCCCAAGACCAGAGGUCGGGUAGUAUCAUCAUUGCGCUGACAGAUGGACAGCUGACCAGCCUUAUCCCACUAUAUACAGAAAAAGAGGCAAACAUAUCCCGGAAAUUGGGAGCGAGAGUGUACUGCAUUGGAGUCCUUGAUUUUGAUCCGAAUCAGCUCGAAAGAAUUGCAGAUUCUAAAGCGCAAGUCUUCCCUGUGGUUGAAGGAUUCCAGGCCCUCCAAGGGAUAAUUAAUUCUAUAUUGAAGCAAUCGUGCACAGAGAUUUUAUAUCUGGAGCCCUCGACUGUUUGUGUAGGAGAGGAGUUCCAGGUUGUCCUCCGAGGAAGUGGCUUCAUGCUGGGCGGGUUGCACGACAGUGUCAUCUGCAGUUACGUUGUGAAUGAAACCAUAAGGAAUGAAAAGCCCAUAAAGGUGGAAUCUAAUUAUAUGCUCUGUCCUGCACCCGUUCUAUACCAAGUUGGCGAAGAACUUGAGGUUUCAGUCAGUCUGAAUCAGGGACAGAGCCUCAUCUCCAGCUCUUUAACGAUCACUGCAACAGAAUGCGCAAAUGGAAUCAUUGCUGUUAUAGUUAUUCUCGUGCUGUUGCUUCUGGUCGCUCUUGCUCUCUUUUGGUGGUUCUGGCCCCUGUGUUGCAAAGUGGUCAUUAAGGAUCCUCCUCCACCUCCACCUCCUCCCAAAGAGGAAGAAGAAGAAGAUCCCUUGCCUUCCAAAAAAUGGCCAACAGUGGACGCUUCCUAUUACGGUGGACGAGGAGUUGGUGGGAUUAAAAGAAUGGAGGUUCGCUGGGGUGACAAAGGAUCGACUGAAGAAGGUGCUCGGCUAGAGAAAGCCAAAAAUGCUGUGGUAACUCUCCCUGAAGAACCGGAUGAGCCAUUCCAACCUAGACCACCAAAACCCAAACCUACCUCACAGUCUCCUCAGACCAAGUGGUACACACCAAUUAAGGGUCGCCUUGAUGCACUGUGGGCUUUGCUGAGACGGCAGUACGACAGGGUGUCUUUGAUGCGACCGCAGCAAGGAGAUGAGGGCCGAUGCAUUAACUUCACCCGAGUACAGUCUCAGUAAGGGAACAUCAAAAGAUGGAAAGCCAUCACUGCUGGAUUAUAACCAAAGAAAGACAAUGAAGCACUUCUACCAGAAUCCUCAGAAUACAACCCAGAAGGCUGCGCCACCAUUUGGAUCCACCAUAAACCACUUCUUCUGCACUAAGCUGUUACGUUCGCCAUUUUCUUCUAAGCUUGUUACCUCAUACAGUUGCUGUUCAGUAUUAUACGAUUUGCAGUGGUCACAUGAAGAAGAACGUUGGAUUUGGAAUGCCUUGGUUUUUGCAGAUAAUCGAGGACAGGAAUCACAAGGAAAACAAACCACCAAAGACGCUGGCUUUUGUUCUCAUCCCCUCAGUAUUGUAGACAAGCUAUAUGUACUCGAGCCUUUUUGUGCCUUUACCGGAGCUGCAUUGUUUCUCAGACAAGUGGAGAUGGCACUUGUUAUUUAAAUAGGAAAGUAUUAGCCACAGGCAGAAGAGCGAUAUUCCCACCAGGCUUGGAAAAAUGUAAAAGUUCAUUGCCUUACAGCGAUGUCAUAUCACUAAAUCCUUUUGAGUCCAUCCCCCCACCACCACCACAUUGGAUUGUGCCUUACGGGAGCCUUCUGACUGAAAAUCUUGUCACUCUAACACUGAGUAGUGCACACGCUUGACAAAAUGUAGACAUGGGGCCCCAAGGUAUUAGUGGCAAGGCAAGACUUUGCCCUUUAGUUUCCGAAGACACCUUUCUUUCAUUAUGCACCCAGGACAGGAAGAAAAAUUAAUAGAGCGUUAUUCCACAGGAAGACAGCCUGCAAGCGGAGAUCUUGAGCAGAGAUGGAGGGACUGAUGCUUCAAGGCCUCAGCGCUGUGGUUGAUACAUCUCCCCCUUUUCUUGCACUCGGCGCUUAGUAGCGCAUGAAAACCUUAUCCUGUAUGAACAUAUUAGUAAUUCUAAGCUUUAUGUUUUGUUGUUGUUGUUUUAAUAUUGGGGGGGGGGGGAAAGCAGUUGCCACAAAGCUGGUAUCUCAGGGUCCGUCUCCUCCCCAGCCCCCAACUCUC